AUGGCGACCACGUUAGACCAACUUCGGAACUGUUUCAAGGGCUUUAUCAUCGAGCCUCAUGACCAACACUACUCGCUAUUUCGAAAACGUUGGUCAAUCAACGAGGAAGCCAACCCGAAAGUCAUUUUGCAGCCUCUUAGCGAGGCUGACGUAUCAGCAGCUGUCAAAUACGCUGUUGGGCAGGGACUCGAAAUUGCUGUCAACGUUGGCGGACACUCGUUCGUUGGAGCUUCCAGUUCGGAUGGAGUUAUCAUCGACCUAAGACGCAUGAACACUGUCUACGUGACCAACUCAGGAUAUGGAACCCCCGGAACAGUGACUCUAGAAGGAGGCACCUUGACCGGCGAAGUCGCCCAAGCCUGCGAAGAAAGCGGUGUUUUUGUCUCUAUACCGUCCCACAAGGAGCUUGGUUAUGCUGGCUUCGCGCUCGGCACAGGCGCGGGUUGGGGUAUGGGAGUUUGGGGCUUGGCUAUUGACAACCUCAUCUCUGCCAGGCUCGUCCUCGCCAGUGGAGACGUCAUUGAGGUGUCCGAAACUUCUAACCCCGAGCUGUUCUGGGGAGUCUUCUUUGGGUCGAUCGUUUAUCCUGUGGAGCAAUACGAAGCGGUCUUCAAUGCGCUCGACAAGUACAACGCUACACAGAAGGAUGACGACAUGGUUUUCCUGGUGUUGUUACCUCACUUACCAAACUUCCCGAAUGCACCUCCAGAGGCUAUACUCUUGAUUCCCUACUAUCACGGCGACGAUGUCGGCGAGGCUCGCAAGCGAUUCUCCGUCUUUUUCGAUGUGCCUCAUGUUAUCGACGACACCAGGCUGAUGUGGUUCCACGAGACUGCGGACCAAUUUCCAGAAGCGCUCUGGCCUCGUACACAUCGAUUGUCGAACGGCACACUGGUUACUCGAGUCGAGCCAGACGUUUUUCUUCCUGUCGUGGACCGCCUACGUCAAUGGUUCUCCGCCAAACCUGACAGAAGACCCGGAAGCUCACUUUUCGUGGGCAUGUACAAUUGGCGCAAGACCAUGAAGCCAGCCAGUAAUAAGACCUCGGCAUGGCCGCCUUCAAGAGAACAACCAGGAGAUGGUUAUAGACUUUGGAAAGACGUUGCUGUCUACCUAGGGUACGACGACAGUGAAGAGACACCUGCCGCUGUGGCUGCUUCCAACGACAUUAUCACGUUACUGCGCAAGAAACAUCAGGAUGUUGUUGGCAAAGAUGUCAUUAAAGGUAUGGUGUAUCCGAACGCGGGCGUGAUGCCAGGUUCUACUGGCGAAUACAUGUACAAGGACAAUUAUCCCCGGUUGCAGGAUUUGAAGAGGAAGUAUGAUUCGACCAAUGUCUUCCAUAAGAAGCAUCCGAUCAAAGUAUGA